AUGAGGAAGGCAAUGUCAGUCACAAGCUCCUACAGCACCAGAAGGUCAAACGCUACACCGGUCAGCACCAGAACCAGCUAUGCGUUGGGCUCUGCACCCAGCUAUGGUGGUGGUUUCAGCAUGUCUUCAGGAAGGUCCGGUGGUUUUGGGUUUUCCUCAGGCCAGUCAAUGGGCAAUUUUGCUCAAGCACCCAUCACAGCUGUUCAGGUCAACCAGAGCCUGUUGGCCCCUCUGAACCUGGAGAUUGACCCCAACAUCCAAGCCGUCCGCACCCAAGAGAAGGAACAGAUCAAGACUCUCAACAACCGCUUUGCCUCCUUCAUUGACAAGGUCCGUUUUCUGGAGCAGCAGAAUAAGAUGCUGGAGACCAAAUGGAAACUCCUGCAGGAACAGACAACCAGCCGCUCCAACAUCGACAGCAUGUUUGAGGCCUACAUUGCCAACCUUCGCAGACAGCUUGAUGGGCUUGGCAAUGAGAAGGUCAAGCUGGAAGGAGAAUUGAGGAACAUGCAGGGCAUGGUUGAAGACUUCAAGAACAAGUAUGAGGAUGAAAUCAACAAGCGUGCAGCUGCUGAGAAUGAGUUUGUGCUUUUGAAGAAGGAUGUUGAUGCUGCGUACAUGAACAAGGUGGAGCUGGAGGCCAAAGUUGAUGCUCUCCAGGAUGAGAUCAACUUCCUCAGAGCUGUUUAUGAGGCUGAGCUUCGUGAGCUGCAGGGCCAGAUCAAGGAUACCUCUGUCAUUGUUGAGAUGGACAACAGCCGCAACCUCGACAUGGAUUCUAUUGUGGCUGAAGUGCGGGCUCAGUAUGAAGACAUUGCAAACCGCAGCAAGGCUGAAGCAGAAACCUGGUACAAACAGAAGUAUGAGGAGAUGCAGAGCUCUGCUGGCCAGUAUGGUGAGGACCUGCGCACAACAAAGGCUGAGAUUGCAGAGCUGAACCGCAUGAUUUCCCGUCUUCAGAAUGAGAUUGAUUCAAUCAAGGCACAGAGAGGCAACCUUGAGGCUCAGAUCGCAGAGGCUGAGGAGCGCGGUGAGCUGGCUGUCAAGGAUGCCAAGCUCCGCAUCAGGGAUCUGGAGGAGGCCCUGCAGAGAGCCAAGCAGGACAUGGCCCGCCAAGUCCGCGAAUACCAGGAACUGAUGAACGUCAAGCUUGCCCUCGACAUUGAGAUUGCCACCUACAGAAAACUCCUGGAAGGAGAGGAGAUCAGACUGGCCAGUGGAGGCUCCAACGCCACCAUCCAUGUGCAGCAGACCUCCGGAGGUGGGGGAAUGUCCAUGUCCAGCUCCGGCGGUGGAUUUGGAUAUGGUGGAGGUUAUGGAGGGGUUGGUGGUGGCACCAUCACCAAAUCCACAGUCUCAUCAACCAGUUCCAGGAGAAUGUAUUGA